AUGGAAAUUGAAGUAGAAUCAUGGAAGAUGUACUUCGAUGGAGCAAUAAAUCAUAACGAAAGUGGAAUUGGAGUUCUCUUAAUUUCUCCAAAAGGGACACACAUCCCAUUUUCUGGUAGGCUCAACUUUCCUGCCACCAACAACGCCAAUGAAUAUGAAGCUUGUAUCAUGGGACUACGAGCAGCCCUAGGCCUAAGGGUGAAAGAGUUGGAGGUGUAUAAAGACUCAGCCUUGAUCAUCUCCCAGAUUCAGAAUAAAUGGAAGAUCAAAGAAGAAAAACUGAAGCCUUAUCAUGAUGUCUUCAGAGAUGCUUUAGCAAUCAUGGCAUCCAUGAUGGAUGGACCUAAGGAAGAUGAAACAAGACCGAUAGUGGUGGAACAAAAAGAGGAACCAGGUUAUUGCAUGACAAUAGAAGAAGAUGAAAGAAAGAGUGGAGAAGGUGAAUGGUAUUCAGACAUCCUACAAUACCUCAAGGAUGGGACAUACCCACCAUUUGCAGAUAAGAAUGACCAAUUGACCAUCAGGAAGCUGUCUACUAAUUACAUUAUUUGUGGUGAAAGGCUUUACAGAAGAUCAUAUAAUGUAAUUCAUCUCCUUUAUGUAACUACCAAUGAAGCAUAG